AUUCUAGGAUAUUGGUAGAAAUGCACUAAACGUGUCUCAUAUUUCUGUAGGUUGGGGUUUGGAGAGGGUCAAAACUGCACCCAGUUAUCAGUGCAAUUAAGACACUGCAGAUAAAGUUGAUCCAACAUAUUCACGUUCACACUCAAUAAUCUUGAGAAAUGACAAGAUAAAAUAUAGAUCAUGCCUGAGUGUGCCACUCGUGCAAAAACACACCCAAGCAUUAAAUACAGUUUGUAACUUCUAUCACUAAUUAUUUUCUAUCUUUGUUCAGAACAUGGGUUGUGUGAGAAAGAAGAAUUGAAGAAAUGGCUGGUGGGUCUUUCACAACGGGUACUGUGACCAAGGAGAGGGCAGAACAGUACAAGGGAAGAGUCACCCCUUAUGUCCUCAUAGCUUGCAUUGUUGCUGCCAUAGGAGGCUCUCUCUUUGGCUAUGAUAUUGGAAUUUCAGGAGGGGUUACAUCCAUGGACGACUUUCUUGAAGAGUUCUUCCCCUCAGUAUACAGACAAAAAUCGCAUGCACAUGAAAACAACUACUGCAAGUACGACAAUCAGGGCCUUGCAGCAUUUACCUCUUCUCUAUACAUUGCUGGUUUAGUUGCAACCCUGAUGGCAUCUCCUGUGACAAGAAAGUAUGGACGUCGAGCAAGUAUCAUAGGUGGCGGUAUCAGCUUUCUUAUUGGAUCAGCUCUGAAUGCUUCAGCUGUUAACUUGUCAAUGUUGAUCUUAGGCCGGGUCAUGCUUGGUGUUGGCAUUGGAUUUGGAAAUCAGGCUAUUCCGCUUUAUUUGUCUGAGAUGGCACCGACACACCUUCGAGGAGGCCUGAACAUGUUGUUUCAAGUUGCAACCACUCUUGGGAUUUUCACAGCUAACAUGGUCAAUUAUGGAACACAAAACAUCAAGCAUUGGGGUUGGAGACUAUCCCUAGGCUUGGCUGCAGUACCAGCUAUUUUGAUGACUAUGGGAGGGAUAUUUCUUCCUGACACUCCAAAUAGCUUAAUCGAACGAGGGUUUAAGGAAAAAGGAAAGACACUGCUAGCAAAAAUCCGAGGAACCGACCAGGUAGAUGCAGAGUUCCAAGAUAUGGUUGAUGCAAGCGAGUUGGCAAAGUCAAUAAAGCACCCAUUUCGUAACAUCCUUGAAAGAAGGUACAGGCCAGAGUUGGUUAUGGCAAUCUUCAUGCCUACCUUUCAGAUCCUGACUGGCAUAAAUUCCAUUCUCUUCUAUGCUCCGGUGCUGUUUCAAACCAUGGGAUUUGGUGGAGAAGCAUCACUCAUUUCUUCAGCUUUGACGGGUGGUGUUCUUGCUGGUUCAACAUUCAUUUCCAUAGCAACAGUAGAUAGGUUGGGCAGGAGAGUUCUUCUUAUCAGUGGCGGAAUACAAAUGAUCACAUGCCAGGUUAUAGUGGCCAUUAUCUUAGGGAUCAAGUUUGGACCAAACCAAGAAUUGUCAAAAGGCUUUUCAAUUUUGGUGGUUGUGGUGAUUUGCCUAUUUGUUUUAGCCUUUGGAUGGUCAUGGGGCCCACUUGGAUGGACAGUCCCUAGUGAGAUAUUUCCUUUGGAAAUCCGGUCAGCAGGGCAGAGCAUCACAGUUGCUGUGAACCUUCUGUUCACUUUCAUAAUUGCCCAAGUCUUCCUUGCUCUUCUCUGCUCAUUCAAGUUUGGGAUCUUUCUCUUCUUUGCUGGCUGGAUUGCCAUCAUGACCAUCUUUGUUUAUAUGUUCCUACCUGAAACCAAAGGGAUUCCCAUUGAAGAGAUGUCAUUUAUGUGGAGGAAGCACUGGUUCUGGAAGAGGAUAUGUCUCACAACUGAUGAUAGUUCUGUCUGAAUUACUUGAUACAGAAAUGGUGUCAAAUAGCAUCCAGAACAGGAAAGUUUACCUUUUUUUUUAUUAUUUUUUAUUAACUGUCUAUUUAUUGAAGUCGAGAAUAAUGGAUAGAUAUUUAAAUAGUUAUUACACCAUAGAGGAAUCUCGAUCAAACAUUUAUAAAGGUACCCUGCUUACUGGUUAUACACAUGGAAUUGGACAUAAUCGUUGAAGAAAAGAAAAGAAAAUACUAAGACAGGUUUCAA